UCUCCUCUAUCUACCCCUCCCCUCUCUCUCCCUCUCCAGUUUCUCUCUCUACAGAACAAAACUCUCUAGCUAUCUCUCUAGAAAAUGGAAGUUGAACCGAGUUCGCCUGUUGUGGCCAAGAAGCUAUGGAAUCUAGUACGGAUAGUGUUCUUCAUGUUGCGAAAGGGCUUAACCAAAAGCAAAUUAUUAGUCGAUCUCAAUUUGAUGCUCAAGCGCGGCAAGCUAGCUAGCAAGGCCAUCGCCAACAACCUCAUCAUGCUCCAUCACUCGUCCAACUCCACCUUCAGCUGCCGCUCCAACGACGCCGUGUCGUUCGUCACUCCCCGCGAGUACGAGUUCAGCUGCAGCAAUAGCCCCGCCACCCACAACCCUUUUCAUUUCCACCACAAGCGCAACAAGAACCACUACCACCACCACGGAUAUUUUGCUAAAAAUGCUAGUGCCGCAGCCGGGGCGUAUCAAUACGACGAUGUCAGCACCGCCGCCGCGGUGCAGAGGGCUCUUGAGAUGCUAAACAAUGAGAUGGUCGCCGAGGCUUCGCCGAUGGUGACGCUGCCGGGGUUCGGGAAGAGCCCCAUGGUGAGGCAGCUUAGGAUAACAGACUCGCCGUUUCCGAUGAAGGAGGAGGGAGAUAGCCAGGUAGACAAGGAAGCUGAGGAAUUUAUUAAGAAGUUCUACAAAAACCUCAAGUUGCAGAAAAGGACAUCUGUUCUUGAAUCACCAUAUCGCGCUUUGCGAAGUCGAUGAGAUCGACCUUUCAAAUUUACCACCCUCACUCUGGGUUAAAAAACCUAGCCUCAAAUCUAAUAUUCCAUGUGAUGAUCAAACAGGAAACAGCUAGGGCUUCAUACGCCUGCUUUGAUCGAGUGCAUAGUUAAUUUGUUUUCGCUUUUCAGAUUUGCACAUAAGAGUAUUCACACACGCAAGGAAUUUUUGUAUGUGCCAGAUAUACUGUAUCUUUUGUAAUGUUUCCUGUUCUUCUGAAGAACAUGCAUGUGAAUUUCAGUUAUUUACUUAACGGUGAAUUCAAUAUACAUGUUGCAAGAAGAAUGUUUAACUACAAAAAAACAAAAACUGGCGGAUACAAUAAUCUCCUCACAAUCCCUUAAAAAAAACUGUUACUUAAGCUAAGUGAGCAAACCUU